AUGGGCCAUAGAGGGCGCCUCUCAGCAACAUCGCAGGCAACUGACUCGACCUCGGGUGCGUCGUCGAAUCAACUGCCGGCACCACCGGUACUCGGCGUCUCGCCGUCAGCUCGGCGGACCGAAGCUGUGCCGAUGAACGUGGCUGCCGCCGACGAAGUUGCGUCGGCGGCGUCGGUCAACUCGCAGCCGCUGUUUGGUUCAGAGCUGGCGCGUGCUGCGGGUGCGCCACGGCUCGUUCUCGAUCUCGACGCCUCGGCCCCGACUGGGAGCGUUCCUUUGCGCGGCGUGGAGCCGACGCAGGAGGAGAGCUCUGACGACGACGAGACCCAGAUUGGCAUGGCGGAUGAGACUCAGGAGACCCAGCCAACCACUGCAGCCCCUGGCGCGCGAAAAUCCGUCCUCAAGCGCGCGUCGGACGUCCUGCCGGCCAGCCGCUCCACGGUCAUCCCGUCGUCGGCAUCGCCGCCGAGUGUUGCCGCCCGCACCCGCCAUACGGCGGGCGAGACCGCGUCACCGCGCGAGACGGCAUCGCCGCAGACCUCGCCGCUUGAGCUCACCCCGCAUCCAGAGAGCGGCAAGGACGCUUCGAGUGAAGAGUCCAAGUUUGGCGCCGUUGUGUUCUCGACCUCGGCCGCAGGCUCGGGCUCGCAGUUGACAUGGGGCGAGACGUCGCACGGCGUGCCGCCGUCGCAGGACUCGUUCUCGCAGGACUCGUUCUCGCUCGCUGUAGCUUCAGCAGAGCCGGCAAGCGGUGAGCCGAGUAAGGAGGCUGCGGCAGAUGUGGCAAGCCAGCGCCCCAACUCCGCAGCCAUCGCCCAUCUUCAGGGCGCGCUCGCCGCCUCGCACACGACGCUGAGUCCUGCGCAGGCUGCAGAGCUGGCCGGCACGGCCCGGACACUCGCAGCGCCGGGCCACGCGCAGCGGUCGCCGGUCGACAUCGGCUCGGACGAUGACGACGCAACCCUCCCGGGCGCGCCGCUUGCAUCUGGAUCAGGCAAGGAAGGGUCGCUGGCGACGCAGACGACACAGGCAACGCCGGCGACGCUUUUGCAGACGCCGCCGCGGCAUCCCGGCAGCGGCUCGUCGUUUGAGACGCCGACCAAGUCGGUGGCGUCGGCGGCAUCGGCGCUUGAAUCUUUGGCGGUCCUCGCCGCGCGGCAGCCAUCGCCGUCGCCGGUUGUCUCGCUCGGCGCGUCGGCGGCGGCACAUCUCGACACCAGGCGGGCGCGCGCAGGCUCGCCCAUGCAAGUCGUGGUCGCCGGGGAGGCACGGGCGUCUCCGUCCAACUUUCGGUUCAUUCCUCCGCCGCGCGAACGGCGACGGCCGUCGCCGUCUCCGUCGCCUUCAGCCCAUCUUGGCCUUGCGCUGCUGGAAGCCUCUGCCGCGAUGGCGCUCGAGUCGGGUGGGAGCCCGUCGUCGCGUCCGCGCCGCCGGUCACUCGAGACCGGGCGCGCGCUCACUGCCACACCGCCACCGGUCAGCUCGCGAGGCGGACGCUCGCGUUCCAAGGUGGUCAGCUCGCGGCGCAAACGGUCGUCGUCGACGACUGCACCGGUGCGGGCGCGGGCGCGGGCGCGAUCGUCCGAGGCCGAGACCGAGUCGCCUGCGCAGAGCUGCGCUCAUUGUCGGGCGACCAAGACCUCGCAGUGGCGGCGGAACAAGCUCGGCGCGUCGCCGAUCUGCAAUGCCUGCUACGCGCACACACUCACUCACAACGCACUCCCGCCACUCGAUGCCAACGGCAACCGCAUCUACGCCUCAGGCCGCAAGCCCAAGUCGAGCGGAAGCAACAGCAAGCGCAAGCGAUCGCCGAGCGCGGGCAAGGGCCCGGCGAGUGACGCACCGGCGGCCAAAAAGCGCAAGUCUACCAAGCGCGCCGCAAGCACCGAGGCCGAGCGCCCGGCGGGCAUCCUCGGUGGCUUCACCUGCCUGGUCACCGGUCUCGACGACGUGUCUGCGGUCGAGACUAAGGCCUCGGUCGUGGCCGCGAUCAAGGGCAACGGUGGGCGGCUGGCGUCGUCGUUCCCGGACUCGGUCGUCAACGCGCCACCCGAGUCAGACGCAGACCCUCGGUCGGUGGCCCGGACCGGGCUCGUUGUUGUGUCGGACCGCCCGCGGCGGACCCACAAGUACCUCAUUGCGCUUGCCGUCGGCACCCCGACUGUCCACUAUCGCUGGAUCCUUGACUCGGCCGGAGCUGGAGAACUCCUCCCGCUCGGCUCGUACACCAUUGCCUCGGGCUACUCGCUGGUGACCAAGACCGAGUCAGCCGCCAACGUCCUUGCCCUCCAGCACAGGGUUUUCCGUGGCCUGCAAGUUGCCGUCCACGGAUCGCCCAAGUUUAUCACAUUCUGGGAGCACGUCAUCCGCAGCGCUGGCGGCGCGCUGCCGAGUCCGGCCGGCCGCAAGCAGAUCCACGCCAUGCUUGACAAAGUCCGCCAGGCGCUCAGUGCCAAGGCUGCCGCUUCCUCUGCAGCAGCAGCUGCUCUCACAAUCUCGCCGUCGCAGCCGGGCGCUGCCGCCAGCAGUGAGGCGGAAACGGGAUCGUCGACGUCACGCUCGUCGCGCCGGCUGCGCGCUCGCAGGAGCUCGGCGUCCAAGGACGACGAGCCGCUCGCCGCCGUGUCGAAAGUGCCAGCGUCGACAAAGGUUGAGACCACUGCCAAGGCCGAGGGGCAAGUUAUGCUCGAUGCUGGUCAGGUUGACGUGGCAAAGGCGUUCGAGUCGGUCGCCUGGGUCGUGACGGAUAUCCGGCCCGAGGCGGCGCUGGUUGAAGCGACACGGCUGGCAGGCAUUGCGCUUGUCUCGUUUGAGUACGUCAUCCAGUGCAUCAUCAACCAGCGAGUCCUUCCGCCGGAUCUGCACCGCAAGUUCCACUACGGGUAUGUUCCAUCCAAUGUGCGCAAGAACUCUGCAGUGUGAGUUGAGUGGGGCGGCUAGAGCGCAGCAAGCGCGACGUCGCCGCCGCCACAUUCACCUGCAAGCUCUUUCGGCUUGUCCGAAACGACGAGCUCGAGGUUGCGCUUCUUGCCGUGCUGGCCGAACCGAAAGUGAAUCGGGAGCGUCGGGUUGUGGGGAAAGAGACAGACGAGCGACGAGAGGGUGAGAGAGAAAAUGGCGGCGACGGUGGCAAAGACAUCGAGCGCGCCGUAGGUGACUACUUCGGUGAUGAGCGAUUCCUCAAGGUCAAAUGAAAAGGCGUUGAGCUC